UCGUCCAUCUUCUCGUUGCCCUUUCCAUCCAAGGCUUUGGAAACGGCGCAACUCUGGGAGCGAUCCUCUUGGCCGUUGUGGACCUCACUUUCAUUCACCAGCGACCCGGCGCCAUCGCCGCGACCUGGGCCUUGGGCGGUACCAUGUCUCAACUGAUCCUGGCCCUGGUGCCAUACUCGGUCGACACGUCCCUCGACUGGCGAUCUGCGUACAAGUUCUGGUGCAUCCCCUCGUUCGUCGUCUUCCUCCUCGCGCUGCUCUUCGUCCCCGAGACGUAUUUCGUUCGCCCACCCGUCGCCCUUGACGGCCGCAUUCUCGUCCAGGGCGCCGCGGAAAAGAUGCGCGUCUACGAGGGCUGGGACCAGGUGGCCGGUGGCGGGCCGCCCAUCGUCAGCCUCGAGCACGGCUUCCAGAGGCACGCCGCCAUGGCCGCCACGCCCAGGACCACCUCGGCUGCCGGCGGGGGCGCGGGCGGCGACGCUCGGGGCAGGACGAAGCUCUGGCUGCGGCAGAUGCGCAUCCGCAAGGCCAAGGGGGCAGACUGGCGGUCCGCCGUCGCCUUCUUCCCGCAGCUGGCCAUCUGCCUCGUCAACCCGCUCAUCUUUUGGGUCUGCCUCUUCACCGCCGUCAGCUUUGCCGGCAUGAUGCUCACGGGCACCACCUACCCCAUGGUGCUGGUCUCGCCCCCUUACUCCCUCUCGGCGCGGGCCGUCGGCUUCGUCAGCCUGGCAUCCGCCGCGGGCGCCCUGGCCGCCUGGCCCGCCGUCGGCUACCUCACCGCGCGGGUGACGAACAGCUGUACGCGCCGCAGCCACGGCGUGCGCCACGCCGAGGUCUACCUGUUUGCGUUUGUGCAGCCCGUCGUGGCGGGCGUGCUCAGCCUGGUGCUGUACGGCGUCGCCAUCCGGUUCGAGUGGCCGGCGGCGUGCAUCUACGUGGCCUACGGGCUCAGUACGUUUUCCUACAUCACCAACGGCGUUGCCAACACGCUCUGGGCCACCGCCGUGUUCCCCCAGUGGGCCGCCGCCGCCAUCGCCGUCGUGGGCGGCGUCAGUCCCAUUCUCAGCUUCGGUUUCACCUACGCCAUCCCGCCCUGGCUGUACUCCCAGGGGUACCUGGGAGCGUCGCUCGAGCUGGCCGCCGUCUUGCUCGUAUUGGGACUCGUAUUUGUGCCCAUUGCUUUUUGGGGAAGGAAUGUCCGUCAGUACAUAAAUAACCGGUGGGCCACGUACCAGGCUGGUGCUGUGCGGCCUCAAAACAGCACCUCAGCAAACGACAGCCAGGACCAUCGGGAUCGGACGGGCGUCGGGGCACAUUUACUCCUCACGCGACACGUCCCGAACUACGGGCCGCUCCCCCCCCCCUUGAUAAGUAAUUACGUACGACUCCCAAGGUCGGGCAGACUUUCCAAUACCACCUUCCAAACACGCGGCUGGGUCUGA